AUGGUGGUGUUUUCCAUAGGCGCUGCCCUAACACUCCUCAUAACCUUGGUGUUCCUUAUCUUGGGCAAUAUCAGUGCUCCUGUAACCACGGCCAUGAAGCUUGCCGUUCAUGAGGAUUACACUUACGGCAUCUUUGGUUUUUGUCGUGAGGGCGUGUGUCCUAAGGGCUCUUAUCCCAUUGAGUUUGGUGACAUUGACAGUGCCGCUGGCUGGUUGUUCACGAAUGACACCAGAAAUUCCUUGUCCAAGGCCUUCAUCGUGGCACCCAUUGCUGCUGGAUUGGUCUUCUUUGCCUUGAUCUUUACGUUUGUUCUGAUUUUCGUCGACACUACUGUGGUUGUGAUUUUGGCUCUCGUGCUUGCAGUUCUUGGUUUCCUCGCCCUGGCUGUGAUUGCAAUCAUGGUGAUCCUUGUGUUCCAUCCAUUCGUCGCCUGGACAGGCUGGCUCUUGGUUGCUGCCGCCGCGUUGGCGCUUUUGGUUAUCCCAAUGUUGAUCCUCUCGAUUCGCGUGCAUCCUCAACGUGAGGACGAGGAGGACGACGAAAACGAGUCCAAGAGCAACUUUGUCGCCUACAACAAGAUUGACAGCAACGGAAACCUGGGAUUUGCAGGUCCAGCUAUCGGCGGUGUGCGUCCACAGCCUGCUUACACGUUCAACAAUCUUCAAAGAGACACUACCAACGAUGAUGAGAGCUCUUUCAUGAAAGAUUCGUCCUACAGAGGUACCACUCGUGGAUACACUGCCAAAGAUGAUUCGCUGACGAGUUUGUACGACUCACAGCCUCGGACUGCGAACGACGUGACUAAGCCUGGUCUCACCAACUUCGCCAAUGGCAGUGGCAGCUAUUACGAAGAUGCCAGUGUAAACAUCAACAAUGGUCCCAGCACGCCCGUGUCGGCGAAGCAAAAAAUGGCACCCACAUUUGUGCCUAAUGUGGCUGUGAAGUCGGACGAGAACGGUAGAACCAAUGAAGCUGGCUUGCCCUACCCAGCCUCGGAGCGUGGUUCUGUAGCGCUCAACCUGCAGAAGUACGGUGUUUUUGAUCAUCACCCUAACGUUGAGGGCCACCAACCUUUCACUGAGUUGGGCGACGAGCUGCCCGAGCAUCAGGAUUUGGACAAUGACGAUGGUUCUGACUUCACCAGCAUCUCGCAGAGACAGCCCAACGUGGGUUACAACCAGCCGGGAACAGGUGUAGUCGCGCCCAUUAACGCUUCUGCACCACCAGGUGCCGGCUAUCGCCCUGCCGCACAGCAGGCUAACCAUCCUCAUCAACCGCAGCCUCAGCAGCAGUAUCCAAACGUUUCUCAGUACCAACCACACUAUCAGCAAACUUACCAGCAGGGCUUCCAACCGCCAUCCCAGCAACUGUCAUACUACGGCUCCGACGCGCAUCAGAGUCGAGGCGCUGCUUACCAGGGCCACUACAGCUCUGGCGGGGGCGGCUAUGCACAGGCUAGACCGUCUAAGCCGUCCGUGUCCGACAACGUCUUGACCAACAAUCCAGACUUUGCAGUCGGAGGCAUGGCAAAGCGUAAACAAUACGGAAACCCAGCUUACAACAGAUUUGGUGGACAGCCUGCGCAACGCCCUGGCAACAGACCACCUAGAGACGGACCUUACGGCAUGAUCUAG